ACGCGCAAUCAGUAGCGCAGUACGCAGCAAAAUAAAACAGCAGCAGGCACAGCCCCUCCUUAAAAGCGCGUCCACUUUAGCUGAAAGAACUAUUUUGACGUUCGAUUUGUGCUGUCUUCGAGCUUCGCAACGAUCGAAAAAUGGAAUUGGCCAACGACCAGGAGAAGCGCGUGAAGCAGCUGAAAAGGAGCCUUGAAGGAUGGCGUGAGAUCGUCCUUCUGCUCCAGUCGGUGUUCAUUUGGGAGCAGCAAUGGCACUUGGGAGCAAUCAUUGGAGCCAUCACUGCCAAGUUUUUGUUGGUGUGGUGGUUGGACCCGACGAUCCUGACGCUCUUCUCGUUGAUCGGUCUCAUUGGCGUACUGGUGGACUUCUUUGUUCCACUGCUUGCGUCCAACCUGUUCCGCCCUGAGAACUGGGAUGGGGCCAAGGAAAAGAAGUUUGAGCAGUUGUGCAAAAUCCUUGCCAACGCAGAGGCCAGCGUCUACAACUUCUGGAACAGCUUCUACACCUGGAGGGAGAGCAGACCCAAGCUGUACUUCGCAACCGUCAUCGUGACGCUGCUGUUCACCUCUUAUAUGGGAUCAAUCGUCAACAACCUCUUCCUCACUUAUCUGCUAGCUGUUCUGAUCUCGGUGAUCCCUGGUUUGCGUCACCGCAACCUGAUCCAGCAGUACUUUGGCCAGGCGAUGGGCAUGGUGCAUGGGUUGCUGAAGAAAGAACCUGAAGAGAAGAAGAGCAACUAACUGUUCAGCAUCGCCAGGGGCGUUUCAUGCCAUGUUUCCAAAACUACUGCAUGUACCUUUUGAACCCUCGGAUGUCGGUUUCACUUUAUUUCUUGGUGUUAGCCAUUUAAGGUCUUAUAGCGUGUACCACUCUCUAUGAAAUAAGUAAAUUAGCAAUGUUAAUCGUGAGAAAACAUGUACUAGGAAGCACAAAUUUUGUAGUCUCUCAGCUGUUCUUAUAAACCAAGUUUUCAGCUCUUUCAAGAUUCAUCAUUUUAGGCCUAAAGUAGCUUCUUGAGCCAACGGGCUUUGUUAAUACUACAGGUUAUAAACCGGUUACAUUAUGUUAGUGUGCGUAGGAUCUGAUUGUGUCAGUGCCAAAGUUAAUUUUCACUUGCGACUCCAAACCAUCCUGACUUGACAAAAUGCAGCUAGUCAAGAGGCUUCAUGAGAUUUGACAAGAAAUGUCGGCGUUCUGUAUUUAUUCAUUUGUCUGGAAUGAUGUAUUGUGUUAGGCUGUAAGGAAGCGCACAAUCCGAGGGCUGAUCCGAUUUGUGAAUAUGUAUGUGCUUGUGUGCAUUUGAUCUCAUGACCAAAUAGGCGACUAGAACGUAAGGAAAUGUGCUUGGAUUGAUUCUAAUUUUGAUGAUUGCUUGACGUUGCCACUGCCAUUUUUAUACUAGCAGCACAAACAAUUUUCCCUAUACUUAUGAUUCCAACGAUAAUAUAAAAUAAGCCGUCCUGUGCAGUCUAAACAUAUUUGUUUACCUCUCGUUCGACUUGAAGCAGAACGUAUGUGGCAAAGUUGACCAAUUUAAGAUAUUCAUGCACCUUUUUUGAUGUUCAAAUAAGUUGUGAUCGCGCGGACAAAACAGCCUGCGAGCAUCAAUGAGUAUUAUUUCCAAAAUGAUUGCUUUAACAUCAUUUGAAUAUUCCUAUUUUUCGCACUGCGCUUGAAAUUUUUCUACCAAGUGAAAUUGAUGUGUAAAUAAACAUGUGUGAACUCAACCUACGAAGCAAUGGAAAUAAAAUGGAGAGGUGGUGAAUAAA